AUUGUUUUUGCCUAUCGAAACCUGUUCCGAUAACGAUUACCAGUGUAAUAAAUAUGGCGUCAGAGGAAAACGUUGCGAUGGAUAUUCCAGGUCGCCGCACUCGUUCAGGUCGAAAGGCCGCUUCGCCGGCUGUGUCAGCUCCGACAAGAAGUACCCGCCGCACAUCGAAGAGAAGCGCCCAGUUAAGUGACCACGAGGAGGAGCCAGCUAAAGAGAUAAUGCCAGAUGAGGAGAUGGACCCGGCGCCGGUCGAAAACUCUGCCGUGGAAGCCACCUUCGAUGAGGCCCAGAUGGACGACGAAAUGGUACCCGUUGAAACGGGCGGCGUGGACGAAAAAAGUUCUUCGUUUCCAUUUGGAACUGUAGCAGAGCAGCAUUCGGAGACCAGUGAUGAUAUUAAGGAGACCCGGGGCGAGGACACACUUCUAGCCUCCCUGGCUGGGGACAAUGCCAAUAGCCUGCCGUCUGUGGGGGGUAACGAUGAGAACGACACCAAAAAAUCCCAGAGGUUUGAUUACAAUGAUGAAUCCCUGAAACCCCAUGCCGACAAACACAACUCGUCCGAAGAUUCUAGUUCGCACCAUGCCAUAGCUGAAAGCUUGGGUGACGAAGCAGACACCAGCAAUGCUACCAUCGUGAACACCGAAAUUAUUUCAGAAGACGAACUUCCCCCGCCCAGCAAACCGGAAAUAAACGAUGCCGAGGAGGUGUCGGACGAGGAGCUGCCGGCUCCGCAACGCGCCGAGUUACCCGCAGAUGCCGAGGUCAUCUCCGAAGACGAACUCCCCACCCACAACAACAACAACCAUUCAGGCGACCCUAAGGCACAAUUGAAGCGAAAGGCAGACAAAGAAACCGAGAGUGAAUCGGAAGAUAAGAAGCUCAUUAGUAGGGAGUCGAAUUCAAAAGAUAAAUCCCUGGAGCAGUACAAUCCCAGUAGCCCCACAUCCGAAAGCAACGAUGCUCAGCCUCUGGAAAAGAGGGCUAAAGUUGAUGAUAGUGAGUCCAAGGAUAAGGACAAGAAGAAGGAAAAGGAACGCGAUAAGGAGAAAGAUAAGGAGAAGGAAAAAGACGCUGAUAAGGAGAAGGAAAAAGAACGCAAAAAGUUGCCCGACCUAGACAAGUACUGGAGGGCAGUCAAAGAAGACUCCACCGACUUUACCGGCUGGACAUAUCUGCUGCAGUACGUGGACAGUGAGUCCGAUGCUGAGGCGGCGAGAGAAGCCUACGAUACAUUCCUGUCGCACUACCCCUACUGCUAUGGGUACUGGCGCAAGUACGCCGACUACGAGAAGCGCAAGGGCAUCAAGGCCAACUGCUACAAGGUAUUUGAGCGCGGUCUGGAAGCAAUUCCUUUGUCAGUCGAUCUGUGGAUCCACUACCUGAUGCACGUCAAAUCCCAGCAUGCCGAGGAUGAGCAGUUCAUUCGCGCCCAGUACGAGCGGGCGGUGAAGGCCUGUGGCCUGGAGUUCCGAUCGGACAAGCUGUGGGACGCCUACAUUCGCUGGGAAAACGAGUCGAAACGGUACCACCGAGUGGUGCAGAUCUACGACAGACUCCUAGCCAUUCCCACCCAAGGAUAUAAUGGACAUUUCGACAACUUUCAAGAUGUUAUCAAUCAGCAUGCGAUUACCAGUACGAUUGGCACGGAUGAGCUUAUUCGUCUGAGGAAGGACUACCAUGAUCGACAGCAAAGCAAGGCGUCCAAGUCCUCCUCCAAGAGCCGUCGCGACAGCAGUAGCUCCAAAGACAAGGAUUCUAAAGGCGAUCGCGAUAGGGAGCGGGAGAAAGAUAAAGAUAAGGACAAGGAGAAGGAUAAAGACAAGGAGAAGCGGGAGUCUAGCGGGGGCAAGUCGCCAAAGGAUACUAGUGAACCUCAUGUCGAUGAAUCAGACAGUACAACCGAUCUGACUGAAAGCGAGCCAACUGCCGCCACAAAGACCACCCCGCAGGUUGACUUUAGUGAUCUGAGCACCCUGAGUGAUGAGGAGACUGCUAGCAUCAAGGAUCGGGCCAUAUCGGCGCGGCGCAAGAUUCACAAAGUGACUGUCAGUGCCGUGACGGCCCGCUGGUCGUUCGAGGAGGGCAUCAAGCGACCCUAUUUCCAUGUCAAGCCCCUCGAGCGGGCUCAGCUGAAGAACUGGAAGGACUACCUUGACUUUGAGAUCGAGAAGGGUGACCGUGAGCGGGUGUUGGUCUUGUUCGAGCGAUGCCUGAUAGCUUGCGCCUUGUACGAUGAGUUCUGGCUGAAAAUGCUUCGCUAUUUGGAAUCAUCCGAUGACGUGCCGGGAGUGACUCAGCUGAUCCGCGACGUCUAUCGCCGCGCCUGCCGCAUCCAUCAUCCGGAUAAGCCCAGUCUCCACCUAAUGUGGGCCGCCUUCGAGGAGUGCCAGCUGAACUUCGAUGCCGCUGCAGAGAUUCUGCAGACCGUCGAGCAGCGCUGCCCCAAUCUCCUGCAGAUCGCCUACCGCCGCAUCAACGUGGAGCGACGACGCGGCAAUAUCAGCAAAUGCCGCGAGUUGUAUAAGAAUUACAUAGAAAGUACAAAGAACAAGGGUGUGGCCGGAACUCUGGCUAUCAAGUUUGCCCGGUUCCUGAACAAGAUUUGCCACGAUCUCGAUGCGGGCUUGGCCGAAUUGCAGCAGGCGCUGGACCGCGACCCGGCCAACACGCGAGUGGCCCUCCAGAUGAUCGACCUGUGCCUCCAGCGGCCGAACGUAGACGAGCAGGAAGUCGUCCAAAUCAUGGACAAGUUCAUGGCCCGCACGGAUAUCGAGCCCGACCAGAAGGUGCUCUUUGCCCAGCGCAAGGUCGAGUUCCUGGAGGACUUUGGCAGCACAGCUAGAGGUCUGCAAGACGCCCAGCGUGCCCUCCAGCAGGCGCUCAGCAAAGCCAAAGAGAGUCAAAAGAAAAGCGAUGGCAGCCCAAGCCGAAAGAGCUCGUCGGCUAAAGAUGGAGCUCCCGCUGCAGGCUCAUCCGCCACUGCAACGGCCUACAACAACGGUGGCACAGCCACGGCGACUGCAGCCUACAACUACGGAGCGGCCGGUGCAUCUGCCUACUACAGUCAAACAGGAGGCGCUGCGAGCGCAGCGUAUCCCGCGGCCCAAGCUCAGGGGCAAACGUCCUACGACUCGUACUACAAUCAGUGGGGUUAUGGGUCGGGCGGGGCCGCCACCGGCAGCGGAAGCUACAACUACGGCCAGUGGAGUGGAUACGGCAACUACUACUAGCGUUGAGCAGAAUCAACACCAACCAGCUCAUCUUCGUACCUCCAAGAUGUGUCCUCUAGCCGCUCAGUUUUUUGCCUUGCUGCUCCGCUCUGUUAAGUUAUAGGUUUUUAAUUGUAAUUUUAUACUGAUACCUUAUUUUACAUAUGGAUAUGUAGCAGACACGAUAUUUUCGUCGCGACAAAUAAAAGACGUCAACUUAAUCGGUUCACCAUAA